UUCCCCAUUCAGAAAAGUCACUUCUUGAGAUUACCCUUGGAGGAGGAUGACCAUGAAGAAAGCUCUGAUUCUGGGGGCCCUCACCCUGAUGGCCAUCAUGAGUCCCUGUGGAGGUGAAGACAUUGUGGCUGACCAUGUCGGCACUUACGGCACAAAUAUCUACCAGACAUAUGGUGACUAUGGCCAGUUUACGUACGAAUUUGAUGGAGACGAGCUGUUCUACGUGGACCUGGAGAAAAAGGAGACUGUGUGGAGGCAGCCUGAGUUUAGCAAGUUUGCGACAUUUGAAGUUCAAAAGGCCCUGAGAAACCUUGUUGUGGUAAAAAAAAAUUUGGACACCUUGAUUAAAAAUUCCAACUUUACACCUGCCACCAAUGAAAUCCCUGAAGUGGUGGUGUUUCCCAAAUCUCCUGUGAUCCUGGGCAUUCCCAACACCCUCAUCUGUCUAGUGGAUAACAUCUUUCCUCCUGUGAUCAAUAUCACUUGGUUUUGCAAUGGACAUUUGGUUCCAGAAGGUAUUUCUGAGACAACCUUCUAUCCCAAGAGUGACCACUCCUUCCUCAAGUUCAGUUACCUCACUUUUCUCCCCUCUACUGAGGAUUUCUAUGACUGCAAGGUGGAACACUGGGGCCUGGAAGAGCCACUUCUCAAGCACUGGGAACCUGAGGUUCCAACUCCCAUGUCGGAACUGACAGAGACUGUCAUCUGUGCCCUGGGGUUGGCUCUCGGCCUCAUGGGUGUUGUGAUGGGCACCAUCCUCAUCAUCCGAGUCCUGCACUUCCGUGGUAUUUCCAGCCACCACAGGACCUCAACCUAGAAAACAGGUAACCAAAAUUUACAAGAAAGAAGAGGAAUGGCUGACUGACUCUAGCUCUUCAUGCAGGACUAGUUAUAUGACUUAGAUCCACUUCCUGUUCUGGUUCAUCAUAUGGCUCCUUCCAUAUCCUCAUCCCUGCCCUGCUUGAGUGGAAGUUAUGAAAAAUUUUCCCUCAGAGAUCACUUACUCUUAUAAAAUCUCCCAACUUAGUCUUCUAUUCAUUGCCUACCUUUUCACAGAGGGACAGUUCCCACCCACUUACCCACUUGACUUUUGCUCACCCUCAUCCAAAAUCUGUGUGAAAUUUAAAUAAAUAAAUCUUUCUGUGCUAUCUUUGCUUGAGCAUACUUUCCCUCUGUCUUUUUCCUAGAACUGAUUUAAGUCAUGCACAAGAAUGGAAGAGUUUAUGUUGAAAUUUUAGCAGAUUUCUCAGACCAUUAGCUUCUUUUUUGGGUCAUGUUAAUAACACCACAGCCAAAGUAUCAAAAUGAUAU